AUGGCCGAAAUCACCAUACCCAAGUACGGGCUUGUGCACGACGUCAAGCCGCACUAUGUGUACACAAUCAAGGUGCUGUCAGCGGGCAUCCAGGAGUGCGUGGAAAAACGGUAUAGUGCUUUUCACGCUUUCCACAGAGAGCUGAGGAAAUCCAUAUCCACACCGCCAUUUCCAUCGAAACGUAUACGAUGCUCACAGCCAAAAGUCCUCGAACAAAGAAGAGCUGGUUUGGAGAGGUAUUUACAGACAGUUUUCAAAAUCGAAGGUGGAUAUAAACAGGUCAUGGAAUUCCUCGGGCUGGAGUAUCAGCCAAGCCAUAGAAUAGAUGUCAAAUAUCAGCGUCCAGUGUUUCAUAUGAUCAGUGAACACAUCCCAUCACGAAACCGACAUGAAAAACGUUUAUGUUUACCAGACAUAAUCACAGAUGGUGUCCUUAAAGCUCUGUAUGGUUAG